AUGCCUUCAUUGAUUCACCAGGUGCCCACUCCAUGUCCAGUCAGACACUGGGGACCCCAGAUAGACACUGCUAUGGAAGCCAGCCUGGGUGCCCCCGGCCACUGGCCCCGCACAGAGCUCGACGACGAGGACUACCCCCAGGGCGGCUGGGACACGGUCUUCCUGGUGGCCCUGCUGCUCCUGGGGCUGCCGGCCAAUGGGCUCAUGGCAUGGCUGGCUGGCUCACAGGCCCGGCAGGGCGCGGGCACACGGCUCGCUCUGCUCUUGCUCAGCCUGGCUCUCUCUGACUUCCUGUUCCUGGCAGCAGCGGCCUUCCAGAUCAUGGAGAUCCAGCACGGCGGGCACUGGCCGCUGGGGACGGCUGCCUGCCGCUUCUACUAUUUCCUCUGGGGGGUGUCCUACUCCUCCGGCCUCUUCCUGCUGGCCACCCUCAGCCUGGACCGCUGCCUGCUGGCACUGUGCCCUCGCUGGUACCCUGGGCGCCGCCCAGCCCGCCUGCCCCUCUGGGUCUGUGCUGGGGUCUGGGUGCUGGCCACCCUCUUCAGUGUGCCCUGGCUGGUCUUCCCCGAGGCCGCCGUCUGGUGGUACGACCUGGUCAUCUGCCUGGACUUCUGGGACAGCGAGGAGCUGCCGCUGCGGAUGCUGGAGAUCCUGGGGGGCUUCCUUCCUUUCCUUGUGCUGCUCGUCUGCCACCUGCUCACCCAGGCCGCCACCUGCCGGCCCUGCCGCCGCCACCAGCCUGGGGCCCCGGCCUGCCGCGGCUUCGCCCGUGUGGCCAAGACCAUUCUGUCAGCCUACGUGGUCCUGCGGCUGCCCUACCAGCUGGCGCAGCUGCUGUACCUGGCCUUCCUGUGGGACUUCUACCCCGGCUACCUGCUCUGGGAGGCCCUGGUCUACUCUGACUACCUGAUCCUGCUCAACAGCUGCCUCAGUCCCUUCCUCUGCCUCCUGGCCAGCGCCGACCUCCAGGCCCUGCUGCACACCAUGCUCGCCUCCUUUGCAGCCGCUCUCUGUGAGGAGAGGCCGGGCAGCUUCAUGCCAGCUGAGCCACAGACCCAAGUGGACUCUGAGGAUCAGACGGUACCAGGGCCAGUGGCUGAGGCCCAGCCACAAGUGAACCCCACAGCCCAGCCACAAGUGAACCCCGAGGCCAAGCAGCAGGUGAACCCCGAGGCCAAGCAGCAGACGAACCCCGUGGCCCAGCCACAGGACGACAACGAGGGCUCACCCCAGGUGGAUUCUGGGGCCCAGUCACAGGCAAGCCCCAAGGCCCAGCCCCCCGGGCCCACUACCAGCUCAGCCCCCAGUGCCUGUGAGGAAGCUUCCUCCACCCCAGCCAUGGAUUCCACCCUAGAGGCCCCCGUGAACCCGGCCACACCUGCUGCCUCUGAGGGAGGAGGCCCCAGCAGCGCUCCCCGAGAAGAGGCCCCGGGCACGGGCCCCACGUGA